CUAGGGAGGGCAGAGUAACAUGGGGUAACCUCCAGUGGCGGUGUCCGGGGUGUCACUUUUUUUUUUUUUUUUUUUUUUGGACGUUCGCGCAUAUGGUUGCAAGAUACAGAAGAAUAAGAAAAUGUCAUAUUUGAAAUGUAUCAAGGGAUGACACAGAGACCUCUGGUUCUGAGCAAGACAGUGAGCCAGAGCUGCCAGGAGAUGUCAUUGAGCCCCUCCCAACUGCAUCAAGCACCAGAUUUGCUGAUCCAAAAGGACCCAGUGACAUCUCUAGAUUCAGAGAAGAAGGUCCUGUACAGCCAUGUUUGAAAACAUUUCCCAGAACUCAGCAUGGUACUAGGAAAAGGACUUUCAACAGCUCCUGGCAUAAGGACAAUUCAUGGCUUGAAUAUUCUGUCUCAUCCUCCUAUUUUACCUGGUCUUCUAUGGCUUCUUGACUGUAAUGUUUACUUUCACUAUGUGGGCAAUGCUUCAGACGCUGAAUGAAAACACACCCAAGUAUCGAGAUCGUGUUGCAUCCCCAGGGUUGGUUAUCAGGCCAAACUCUUUGAAUAUAAUUUUCAACAGGUCAAACCCCGCUGAAUAUGGGCUAUUUGUCCAACAUCUAGAAUCAUUUCUGCAUCAGUAUAACGACUCAGAACAAGCUAAAAAUGACUUGUGCAUGGCGGGUCAGUACUCUGAGCAGGAUGAGGAACUUCAGAAGAAGGUGUGCCAGUUCAGGAGGAGUUUACUCCAUCGUUGCUCUGGUAUGGAGGACUCCACCUUUGGCUAUGCUGCGGGACAUCCAUGUGUUAUUGUCAAGAUGAACAGGGUCAUUGGUCUUAAGCCUACCGGAGAUCCAUACAUCAACUGCACAUCAAAGAGUGAGAAACCUCUCCGGAUGCAGUACUUCCCCCAUGACGGGACUAUCGAUAGGAUGUACUUCCCUUACUAUGGUAAAAAGGCACAUGAGGGCUAUGUUCAGCCUCUGGUUGCUGUAAAGCUGUUGCUUAUGAAGGAAGACUACAACUCUGAGCUGACUGUAGAAUGCAGGUUAGAGGGCUCUAACCUUAAGAACAAUGACGAGCGUGACAAGUUUCUUGGACGUGUCACCUUUCGGGUCCUGGUGACUGAGUAAACCGGUAGCUGGUGCGGACGCGAAAGGGGAACUUGCACUACUUUUCUUCCUGUUGUCCCUGUUCUCCUCUUAAACUCUCCAAUAUACUUCAGGACUUCAUUUAAUCCUCCACAGACAAGGCAUGACUGAUUCAUUAUUUCUUUAAUGUCCCAUUUUAAUAUGUCUUAACAGGAUCUCUGUUUAGUCUCCUACCGAGCACAUUCUCCUCCUGAAGACGUGACUAUAACUGAAAAUGUAAAUGUAUUUUCCCCCAUGCCACUCAUUCCCUAGAUAUUUUGAAUUCUUGAAAAUAAUUGCAUUGUACCCUCAAAGGGAUUUUGUUUACAAUGUGAUUGAUUAGACAGGGGUUAGUCAGUACCUUAAUCCUUGGUUGGUGUUUUUGUGUUUGUUUUGUUUUGCUCUCUGUGAAUAUAUUUAAUGAUCGUAUUGUAAAACUACUGUAAGAUUUAUGUUGAAAAGUGACAUUAUAUGACACAUUUUAGACUUAUGAAAUAUUUCAAGGAAUACAAUUUGUAACAAAUGAUUUUUAUAACCUCUGCAUGGAUCUUGGUUCAUGUAGAUGCCUGAGCCAUUUAACAUCUUGGUAUAAAUGCUAUUUUGACAAAUAAAAACAAAAAAGCUUGUA